AUGUUAUCUAGACAGUCAGCUAGAGUAGCAAAACAAAGAACAAGAGCUCGUUUGAUGUUCUUGGGAAUAAAAAAUGAGUUACUUUGGGCACAUGGAGGGAGGAUCGUGGGCUUUAUAUAUAUAUAUGCAGAGAUCUCUGUUUUCUACUGUAAGCGUGUGGAUGUGUGGCUUGAAACAGCCAAGAAGGUUCAGUUAUUAAGCGGGUGCUUGCUAGCUUUUAGGGCUGAGGGACCGCGUGUGAUAAAUAUGGUCUCUCUUUUUUGGGGAGGAGAGAAAGGAAAGCCAGAAAAGUUUGAGUUCGGGUUUGACAAAGCAAAACGUUGUCAGAACUAUCGGAAGCUAAAGAGCUUGAUGGGCCGUAUUGCUGGUGGUGGUAGUGACUAA